AAUUUAGACAUAAAAAACUCCAAUUUAGUCCUUGUUGUACGCCGGCAACCUCGUCCAAGACACUACACACACUCUUUCUCCCCUCUUUCUCCGACAUUUCACUCUUCUCCAUUGACUUCAACUCAAUGGGGGGCAACUGCAGCACCGGCGCCGGCGCCGGAAUCAACACCACAACCACCACCCCCCAUUCCGAUCCUCCACCCAAAAACGCCCCAACAAUCCUCCCACAAAACUUCACUCCCUCACCCCCUCAACCACCCUUACCCACCACCACCCUCGGCCGCAUCCUGAACCGUCCAAUGGAAGACGUUCGCUCCAUCUUCAUCUUCGGCCGUGAACUCGGCCGAGGCCAAUUCGGCGUUACAUAUUUAGUAACCCACAAAGUUACCAAAGAACAAUUCGCUUGUAAAUCAAUCGCUACACGUAAACUCGUCAACCGUGACGAUAUCGAUGAUGUCCGCCGCGAGGUUCAAAUCAUGCAUCAUCUGACCGGUCAUCGUAACAUUGUUGAACUCAAAGGUGCUUAUGAGGAUAAACACUCUGUUAACCUUGUUAUGGAGCUUUGUGCUGGUGGUGAACUUUUUGAUCGGAUUAUUCUCAAAGGACAUUACUCUGAACGUGCUGCUGCUAAUCUUUGUCGUCAGAUUGUUACGGUUGUUCAUAAUUGUCAUACUAUGGGAGUUAUGCAUAGGGACUUGAAACCUGAGAAUUUCUUGUUUCUUGGUAAAGAAGAAAAUUCGCCUCUCAAGGCCACGGAUUUUGGUCUCUCUGUGUUUUUCAAGCCAGGAGACGUGUUUAAAGAUCUUGUUGGGAGUGCAUAUUAUGUUGCUCCUGAAGUGCUGCGCAAAAGUUAUGGGCCUGAAACUGAUAUUUGGAGCGCCGGAAUUAUAUUAUAUAUUCUGCUUUCUGGUGUCCCCCCCUUCUGGGCAGAAAAUGAACAGGGUAUCUUUGAUGCUAUUCUUCGUGGACAAAUUGAUUUUGCGUCGGAUCCUUGGCCUUCUAUAUCAAGCAGUGCCAAAGAUCUGGUCAAGAAGAUGCUACGAAAUGACGCUAAAGAACGGAUAUCAGCAGUUGAAGUACUCAAUCAUCCUUGGAUGAGAGUAGAUGGAGAUGCAUCUGACAAGCCUCUUGAUAUUGCUGUUUUGAGCAGAAUGAAACAGUUCCGAGCAAUGAACAAGCUAAAGAAAGUAGCUUUAAAGGUUAUCGCCGAAAAUCUUUCUGAAGAAGAAAUUAUUGGCUUGAAGGAAAUGUUCAAAUCCAUGGAUACAGACAAUAGUGGAACAAUCACUUUUGAAGAGUUGAAAGCUGGCCUCCCUAAACUCGGUAGUAAAAUGUCAGAGUCUGAAGUAAGGCAGUUGAUGGAAGCGGCUGACGUGGACGGUAAUGGAACCAUCGAUUAUAUUGAGUUUAUAACCGCUACCAUGCAUAUGAAUAGAAUGGAAAGAGAGGAUCACCUAUAUAAAGCCUUUGAGUAUUUUGACCAAGAUAAGAGCGGGUACAUCACAAAGGAAGAGUUGGAAUCUGCCCUUAAGAAGUAUAAUAUGGGCGACGAGAACACAAUAAAGGAGAUCAUUGCCGAAGUUGAUACAGACAACGAUGCAAGAAUUAACUAUGAUGAGUUUGUAGCUAUGAUGAGGAAAGGCAACCCAGAUAUAACCCACAGGCGUCGCAAAUAAGCUCUAUAUAAGCUGUUUUAGUAACAUGGAGUGAGAAUUGCAUUCAGCAGAGUUUACGCGCCUGUAGUGUCAAGGGAGCACUUUUGUGUAGCAUAAUUUUGGGCGUUUUCUUUUGCCUGUUAUUUGGCUGCAGAGAUUGGGCAUUUGUAUCUGAUAUUUUCAGUUCUAGCUGAACUGAGUUUAUUUCUACUGCUUGAGUAGACAGUAGACACAAAUAUGUACAAAUUCUGGAAGAAGAAAAACAGGUCAAUACCAUUUUCCCUAGUGAGGUCAAAAGAAAACGAUACAAUAUUUUUUUUGGUGAGUAAA